AGCUUCGACAUGUCGACCACGGGUCCCAUAAGUAAUUAUUAUGUGGACUCCUUGAUCAACCAUGAAAACGAGGAUGUCCUUGCAGCAACUCGGUUUUCGGCUCCCGGUUCGCACCCAGCCGGCCCUCGUCCGACGUCCCUAGUACCGGAGUGUGCUGACUAUCCUUCCUGCAGCUUCGCACCCAAGCCACCCGUCUUCUCCACCUCCUGGGCCCCCGUACACUCCCAGUCAUCAGUGGUUUACCAUCCAUACAGUCAUCAACCUCACUUAGGCACAGACUCGAGGUAUAUGCGGUCAUGGCUGGAGCCGAUAUCAGGCGCCGUGCCUUUCCAUGGCUAUCCGGGGAACGGCAGGCACUAUGGGCUGAAGCCCGACGCCUUUCAGGAGCACAGAGCCGGCGAGUGUCUCAGCUCCAGCGGACGGACCUACACGGAUUAUCUGUACUGCUCAUCCACUGACGUGCGGGACAAGACGCACCAGAAUAUCCCCUCUCCCGAGUCGGAGCUCCUGGCUUCAGGGAAACAUAAAGACGAGAAGCCGGAGCUCGAUCCGAAUAACCCGGUGGCAAAUUGGAUACAUGCCCGCUCCACAAGGAAGAAGCGAUGCCCUUACACAAAGUACCAGACUCUCGAACUGGAAAAGGAGUUUUUGUUCAAUAUGUACCUUACUAGAGACCGCCGAUUCGAGGUCGCUAGAGUCCUGAAUCUGACCGAGAGGCAGGUCAAAAUCUGGUUUCAGAACCGGCGAAUGAAGAUGAAGAAAAUGAACAAAGAAAAGACCGACAGCAAAGAACAAUAA